AUUUCAGUGAACUGCUCCAUCUGUGAUCAGCCUUAAUGACCCCUACAACCCCAUCAGGAGGGGAUCCCAGGCAGCCUUCUAUCACUUGUACUAAUCAGCUGUUGAAUAAAAACAUCACCUGGGGGAGUACAGCAGAAUGGCUGCUGAGGAACGGUCAUCAGGAGGCUCUUCACCAUCAGAGGCCCUGGAAGUCACUGAACAAUUUGGAAGUGUGACAGUGGAGAGACACGUGCCCAGGAUUAACUGCCCUGAACACAUUAUCUUGGUGGUUGAUGUGUGCAGAGAAGAUGGAAAUACCUCGUACAAGCUGGCUGAUGGUUCAAAGUUUUCAUCCUUGUACAUGGUGAAGCGAGCCAUCACUCUCUUCCUCCAGAACAAACAUGCAAUAGAUUCCAGGCACAAGUUUGCCUUAGUGGUGCUUCAUGAGUCACCAAUAUGGCUGCACGACUUCACAAAUAACCCAAGGGAGAUAAUGUCAGAGCUAGAUGAAUUAGAAGAUGCUGUAGCCACAAGUCGUUGUGAUCUGAGUCUUUUGUUUGACCUUAUUGCACGCCAGAUCUCUCUACCUCAGUGUUCCAACCCAGCAGUUGCUCCUCCCCCAUGUGUCUUCCGAACUAUUGUGUUUUAUGGAAGGUCACAGUGCCUGCCACAGUUUCUUGGGGGUAAAGCUGUGUUUACACACCUCAUUCAGAGCCCACAUUUUUUCCUAGAUGUUUUAUAUAUGCAUGAGGCUCCUUCAGAUGAAAACAAAUGUGAGGGUAUAUUUGACCUCCUGUGUGGCUUGGACGAGAGUGGCUGGAGUUACGUUCUUGAAGUGUCCCGUAAUGCAACCAAGCUCCACAACCACUGUGGGAGUCUUCUGGCACACCCACUUCAACGUCCUACACAGAAGGAUGUACAUUAUACCCUUAAUGGUGUCGACUAGUUUUAGGCAUCCACCAAAUGGUACUGUAUUGUUAAAAAAGCUGCAAAUAGUGACUAAAUCAAUGGGACCACAAGAAACUUACCCCUCUUAAUGUGAUGUCUUACCAUAGAUCUUGUCUUAGUUCCAAAGAAAAUAAUAAAGCAUUUUCAUACAAAUA